AUGGGUCUGCUCCUGAAGAUUUUCAUCCCCUUGCUGGGACUGCUGCUGGCCUUUUAUUUUUAUUCAGGACCCGAAAAUUUCAGUGAGGAGAUGCUCCGAGGGAAGCGGGUGAUCGUGACCGGGGCCAGCAGCGGCAUCGGGGAGCAGAUGGCGUAUCACCUGGCACGCAUGGAGGCCCACCUACUGCUCACCGCACGGACCGAGGCCAAACUGCAGAAAGUUGUGGAGCGGUGCCUGGAGCUGGGUGCUGCGUCCGCCCGCUACGUCAGCGGCUCCAUGGAGGACACGGCGCUCCCUGAGGUGGUGGUGAAGGAGGCUGAGAACACCUGGGGAGGCCUCGACAUGCUCAUCCUAAACCACAUCGGUCACAGCUACUUCAGCUACUUCAACGGGGACGUUGGGCACGUACGAAAGCUCCUGGAGACCAACUUCCUGAGCUACGUGGCCAUGACCACGGCUGCCCUGCCCAUGCUGAAGGAGAGCGAGGGCAGCGUCGUCGUCGUCUCAUCCGUGGCGGGUAAAGUCGGUGGCCCAUUUACUGCUCCCUACUCUGCAACUAAAUUCGCCUUAGACGGAUUUUUCAGCUCUCUGAGGCAGGAACUCAUCAUAGACAAGGUCAAUGUCUCCAUCACACUCUGCAUCCUGGGCUACAUCAACACGGAGAGCGCGGUGCGAGCGGUCUCUCACGCCCUCCGGAUGGUGCCGGCACCGAAGGAGGAGUGCGCGCUGGAGAUCAUCAGGAGCGGGGCGCUGCGCCAGCGGGAGCUGCACUACCCAUCACGGCUGCUGGGCGUCAUGCUCCUGCUCAGAGACAUAGCCCCCGACUUCCUCGACUCCCUCAUCAGGGGCAGCUAUAUCGUGGAGAACAUCAGAAGAACAUAG